CAUUUCCAGUCCUUUAAUUCUCUGCUAAUCAAUAACCCAAUUUGCCUAUCAACCUUGUCUGUGAAUCUCUUCCUCCCAAAAUGACCGAUGCUAUAGUUUCCUUUGUCCUAGACCAGCUAAAGACAACCAUCGUUGACAAGGCCUCUGAAGAGGUGGGGCUGCUACUUGGUGUUGAGAAAGAAGUGAGCAAGCUUGAAAGAAAUCUCCGUCUCAUCAACACUGUGCUCCAAAAUGCUGAGGAGAAGAAAAGAACGGACAAUCUUGUCAAGGAUUGGCUGGACAGGCUUAAAGAGGCUUCUUACGACAUGGGAGAUGCCUUGGAUGAGUUGAGAACAGCAAUAGAGGUCAAAGCACUUAAAGCACAAAAUGCUGCUCGUCAGAAGAAGGUAAUUAAUCUUAUAUGUACCGGAGUAAGAUAUAUUUUUGGUUAGAGGGAAAAAAUUUUUAAUUCUUUUAAGUUAUGAUCUGUUCACCUUAGUAUAAUUUAUGCAAAUUUUUGUAUCAAUUACUAAUAUUGUGUGUCAAUGUAUCACUUAUAUCAUUUAUAAAUCUUAAAUUAAUUA